UAGAGUAUUUCUGCGUUUUGAAAGGAAGAUAAACAAAAAUCUUCUUUGGAAUAGAUGGAUUUUUGUCACUUUCUGUGAACUAAAGCGAUUCAAUGUCUCUUUUGGAUUGUUUUUGCACUUCAAGAACACAAGUUGAAUCCCUCAGACCUGAAGCACAGUCUGACACCAGUGUCCACCAGUACUUGGUGGAUGAGCCCACUUAUUCCUGGUCACCUCCAUCCACCAGAGCCAAUGAAGUGAUAUGUUCCACCUCCGUCUCUCACUAUGAGCUCCAAGUGGAAAUAGGGAGAGGAUUUGACAACUUGACUUCUGUCCAUCUUGCCCGUCAUACUCCCACAGGAACACUGGUGACGAUAAAGGUUACAAAUCUGGAGAACUGCGAUGAAGAACGGCUGAAAGCUUUGCAGAAAGCAGUGAUUCUAUCCCACUUCUUCCGACAUCCCAAUAUUACAACUCACUGGACAGUUUUCACUGUUGGCAGCUGGCUGUGGGUCAUUUCUCCAUUUAUGGCCUAUGGUUCAGCAAGUCAACUCUUGAAGACCUACUUUCCUGAAGGAAUGAGUGAAGCUUUAAUUAGAAACAUUCUCUUUGGAGCAGUGAGAGGUUUGAACUAUCUGCACCAAAAUGGCUGUAUUCAUAGGAAUAUUAAAGCCAGCCAUAUCCUCAUUUCUGGUGAUGGCCUAGUGACCCUCUCUGGCCUGUCCCAUCUGCAUAGUUUGAUUAAGCAUGGACAGAGACAGAGAGCUGUGUACGAUUUCCCACAGUUCAGCACAUCUGUGCAGCCGUGGCUGAGCCCAGAACUACUGAGACAGGAUUUACAUGGGUAUAAUGUGAAGUCGGAUAUUUACAGUGUUGGAAUCACAGCUUGUGAAUUAGCCAGUGGGCAGGUACCUUUCCAGGACAUGCAUAGGACGCAGAUGCUGUUACAGAAACUAAAAGGUCCCCCUUAUAGCCCAUUGGAUGUUGGUGUUUUCCCUCAGUCAGAAUCCAGAAUGAAAAACUCUCGAUCAGGUGUAGACUCUGGGAUUGGAGAAAGCGUCCUUGUCUCCAGUGGAGCUCACAUAGUGAACAGUGACCGAUUACACACGCCGUCCUCAAGGACCUACUCUCCUGCCUUCCUUAGCUUGGUACAGCUCUGCUUGCAACAAGAUCCUGAGAAAAGGCCAUCUGCAAGCAGUUUAUUGUCCCAUGUUUUCUUCAAACAGUUGAAGGAAGAAAGCCAGGAUUCGAUACUUGCCCUGCUGCCUCCUGCUUACAAUAGACCCUCAGUGUCCCAGCCACCUGUGUCACCGUGGACUGAGCUGGAAUGUGACUUUCCUGAUGACAAAGAUGUAAACUGGGAAUUCUAGGGCUGCCAAAUCACUAUGUCCGACAUACUUGACACUUUCUCCUUGCUGCUUUUUCUUCUGUUUUGCUCGGUACAAGUACCAGAAUUAUACUUGAAAUCACAGUGGGUGCACUGGAGAAUUUUUUAUUUAAAACCACUCUGUUCAAAGGGGCAUGAGCUUAUAGCCCCUCCAGUUAACUUGGAAUGACUCAACUCCAGGGAAACCUCGGAAUGACUCUUCUCGCUACAGUCAGUGUCAUCUGUUCUUGAAUUUUUUUCCCAAGCUGUGACUAACUCCACUCUUGAUCUCUCAGUGUAAUUUUUGAGCCAGUUAAUUUUUUCGGGAUUUUGCUGUUGUCUUGGGAAUGAGCCCUCAGAAGAUGGUGCUUCCAAGUACAUCUUUGUCUUCCAGAUCCUCUAGCCUUUUUGAUAACUAUUUUAAACCAACAGACUAGUUUAUUCUGGCACCAAACCCUUUUUUUGGUAAAAGGGAAAAUAUUUAUACUUUUCUUUUUUCUUCUGAUACUUGUGGUAACAUCAAACUGAGCCUCACUCACAGUAAAUGAUUCACUUGAAAUACAUAGAGAAGUUGAAAUUUGGUUUUUCUUUUUUUGAAACAAUGGAAGCUUAUUAAAGUAACUUUUCUACCUAUGUAAAUUAUAUAUUCUAAAUUCAUGCACCCCUGGGAGCACAAUAAAGAUUUAUUGAAUUGA